AUGGAUCAAUCCCCCGCAGUGCGUUCUGAAUAUCUGGUCUCAGGGAUCCGAACUCCUCCUGUCCGAAGGAAUAGCAAACUAGCCACGUUGGGCAGGAUUUUCAAACCAUGGAAGUGGAGGAAAAAGAAGAAUGAGAAACUGAAGCAAUCGUCUACAGUGUUAGAGAAGAAGACAUCCACAAGGCAAGGCCGGGACGAGCUAAUUAAGAAAGGCCUCCUGGAAAUUAUGGAACAAGAUUCUGAAGGGAAAACAUGCACUGCUGAUGGUGCCACCAGAACAAUGCUGAGUGACCCUUCAUCCCCCCCAUGCCAGGCAUUCAUCUCAGAAGAGACGCAACAGGAACAUAGAUCAGCCACCACCAAGGCCACCUCACUUGGCGAGGAGCUGCACUCAGAAGAACUGAGAGAAGAUCCAGCCAAGAAGACAUCAGCAUCCACAGAUGAACGGGAAAAUGCCAGCCUGCCAGCCUCUGAAGAGACUCCACAAGCCUUACUACUUUUGGGAUCCAUCGACUCCCCCCACAAACAGAUGGAAAGGAACACAGCCCAGGCCCCUAACCCUCCCUCCUCACUUUCAGUUCCACCACCUAAGAUUGUACCCAAAGUCUCAAAGAUUGUACCAGCUGCAGGAAGUGAAGCCGAUGAGACAGCCUUGAAAUCUCCCCCAUCCACUGUCUUGAAAAAUUACGUCAUUGUUGGCUCCUCCCAACACUCAGGACAAGCUGUUCCUUUCCAGUCCUCAGGACCGAAAGUCUCUGAUCCCCACCUCAGAGGGCAGCAUUCCACGCCAACUGGAUCCCCUCACCUGGCUGCUGUCCACCUACCUUUACCUCCUAGCCGAGUCAUCGAGGAACUUCACAGAGCCUUGGCCACAAAACAUCGGCAGGACAGCUUUCAUGGAAGAGAAAACAAGGCGUCUCCCAAAAAACGAAUGGAGAUCCGUUUGUCCAGAACAUCCAGCACUGAACAUAGCAAAGAGAAGGAUGGUUCCAUGAGCUACAAUAGCGAUCCAGAAAACAAAUGGAAUUCUGUUAAGGAGUUGGAUGAGAACAAAGAAAAUCUGAUCAUGGACUCUGAAAUCAAGGAUGAUUCCAUUUUCUAUGAGGAUGAAGAAGUUUUGAAUGAUUCCAUAAUUUCUGGUACGUUGCCAAGAAAAUGCAAGAAAGAACUUCUGGCAGUGAAACUGCGGAACAGGCCAAGCAAACAGGAGUUGGAAGAUAGGAACAUUUUUCCAAGAAGGACUGACGAAGAGAGGCAGGAGAUCCGGCAACAAAUAGAAAUGAAGUUAUCCAAAUGGGGUUUCACUUGUUUGUGCAGACUGGUUUCUGGAAUACCGUGGCCUGAUUCUGGUCUAUGGACUGGAGGCUGGGGACCGCUGUUCGAGUCCAACCCCCUACCCAAGGCAGGAGACCUUACACCAUCCCAGUCAAAUGGAUGUCCAAUUUUUUCUUGAAAACCUCCAGUGAUGGAGUGCCAUAAAAGAUAACAGAGAUACUGAGUAAUACAUGUGUAGCAAUGGAUUUAAAUGGGCAAUAAAUAGCCAUUGUAUUCAAUUGCAUAAUGUUUGGUGUGUUCAUCUGUCAUUUCUUGUUAGCACAAAAUUG